AAUUUAGGUAGUGUUUCACUCUUUGCAAUGUUCUAGCUUCCCUACGCUCAUCUGUAUUUUACUCUCUAGAGCUGCCAAUAUUGUUCGUUUCAUUGCUUCUGACUGAUAAAUGACAGAUUGCCAAAUGGUUUCCUCAGAUUUUACAGCUGAUGAAAGGAUGGAAAUUGAAAGCAUCAAAAUGUAUAAAAAAGACCUUCUGGAUGACAUCCAGAAGUUGAAAUUGGAGAUAGAUAACGUCAUGGCGGAAAUCCUCAGCUUUGAGUCUGCAGAAGAAAACAAAACUAAUGAAAAGAAUCAACAAUUUAUAAACGGAAAGAAGAAAUUUAACAUGGACCCAAAAAAGGGCAUCAAUUAUCUGGUGGAGAACAAGCUGCUGGAUGGAACCGCUAGAUCUAUUGCAGAGUUUCUUUACAAGGAAGAAGGACUCAACAAGACAGCCAUUGGAGAGUUCCUUGGAGAAAGAGAAGAGCUCCAUCUUCAGACACUGAAGGCCUUUGUGGAGCUGCAUGAGUUCGCUGACCUCCACCUGGUUCUGGCUCUCAGACAGUUUCUGUGGAGUUUCCGUUUGCCUGGUGAAGCACAGAAGAUUGACCGAAUGAUGGAGGCUUUUGCCGCACGCUACUGUGAAUGCAACCCUCAUGUCUUCCAGUCUACAGACACAUGCUACAUCCUGUCUUUUGCCAUCAUCAUGUUAAACACAAGUCUCCACAACCCCAAUGUGAAGGACAAAACCACCCUGGAGAGAUUUAUCUCGAUGAACAGAGGCAUCAACAAUGGGGAGGAUCUACCCAAUGAGCUUCUUUCGAAACUCUACGAGAGCAUACGCAAUGAGCCUUUUAAAAUCCCGGAGGAUGAUGGAAAUGACCUGACACACACUUUUUUCAACCCUGACAGAGAAGGCUGGCUUCUUAAACUGGGAGGUCGAGUUAAAACAUGGAAAAGGCGAUGGUUUAUCCUAACAGACAACUGCCUCUACUACUUUGAGUAUACAACAGAUAAAGAACCUAGAGGCAUAAUUCCACUAGAAAAUCUCUCCGUGAGGGAAGUGCCAUACGCUCGCAAACCGUACUGUCUGGAGCUGUACAACCCCAACAGUCAUGGGCAGAAGAUCAAAGCAUGUAAAACUGAGACAGACGGCAGGGUGGUAGAGGGGAAACAUCAGUCCUACACCAUUUGUGCAUCCAGCGCUGAAGAGAGAGACUCCUGGAUUGAGGCCAUCAGGGCGAGUAUCACCAAGGAUCCCUUCUAUGACUUGGUCUCAGUCAGGAAGAAGAAAGUGAUCAACCAAACUCCUCAGGACUAAGCACUGCAGCAGCCCAGAGCUUCCACAGGGAUAUAAAACAGGUGCCAAUUCUAUUGGCAGCCUUUCUUGAAGAUGCCUGGACAUACUUCAUCAUGCACGGACAUAGGGGCACAUGAAGAUGAAAGAAACAGAACUGACGUUGGAAACAUCUCUUUUCACAGACUGAGUCAAAACAGUGUAAAAAGGUGAAAAUAAAACCAAAGGAGUCAGUAUUAGAGUGACUAUUUCAACAGGACUUGUCAAAAACUGCUGAAUUAUUUUUACAAUAUUAAUCCUUUCUUACAAAAAAAAUGUAAAAAUGCAUCAAUUUUCUGUUAAGGAAGCUAGAUGUUAACUUGGCAACAGCAACCAUUUCUGAUAUUCAGUUCAUCCAAUUAACUGUCAUAGCUCAGAAAGAGAACUCCAACAUGUCAUUAUCUCUUUUUAUCUCAGAAUUCUUAUAGCUAUCAUAGAGCUUUAACACUUUCAAAAAAGAAAUUAUUUUUGUUUGACAGAGUUGGCUAAAGAUGCUUUCCUUUCAAAUGUGUCAGUUUAUAAUGAAAUCUUGUAAAGACUGUAAAUAAUAUUAAGAAAUCAUGUCUUUUUGGUCUGUAAUUUAUACUGUUUGUUAUUAUCGAAGCGAAAAACAAAAAUGUCUAAAGAUUGUGCAAUAGGUGGUAUUAUGUUGGGGUUUUUUUUUGUUAUACACCAGAUCUGUUUAUUGAAUAUUAUAGCUGUGUGUUACUGAUCAUAAGGUGUACAUUUUUUCUUUGUAACUACAGUAUUUUUGGGUAUUCUGGUGAAUUCAUUGUUGAAUUAAAAAUAUCCAUCUAUCACAAAAGAAGUAAAUCCUUCUGCUUUUUUUUCAAGUUCAGGUAUAGCCAUUUGACAGCUGCGUUUUCAGUUGAAUGCUCCCUAAUUCAGAUAAACUUCCUCAUUGUACACCGACUCUAUGUAAGCUGAAAUGUUUAACCUUUAACCUUGUGGGUGAAUACAGUUCUGUCAAACAUUUCCUCUUGAU